AUGGCAGGCCCAAUCGACGUCGAACAACUCUUGGGCGUCAACAAGCUCGCAGACGGCUCCUACGUGGGCCGUCUGCCCAUGAUCAAGGCCCAUCCACAGGCCCGUGGCGCCUACGGUGGAAACAUCGCUGGCCAGGCGUUGGUGGCUGUGGCCGCCGACACACCACCAGGAUUCGUACCCCACUCGUUCCAGUCGUACUUCAUAGGUGCUGUGGACGACAAGACUCCGCUAGAGUGGAAGAUAGAACAGAUUUCCCAGGGAAAGAGUUUCUGCAACCGUCACGUCCGGGGGUACCAGGACGGCCAGUUGAAGUUCUACGGUAAUGCAUCGUUGACCCGCAAGAACUCGCACGACGAGCAGCCGUUCCAGUUCCAGACUCCGUACCACCAGUGGUUGGCCUCCAACAAGUUGGACGCUAUUCCUACCGACAACCGCGGCCAGCACUUGCACAUUUACCACAAGAUGCCCCCGCAGUUUAGCGACCUCGCCAGCACCCGCAGCGAGGAAUCUCGCGACGUUACCGACCGCAGAUUGGCGUGGUUCGUGCGCUGGGGCAACGACGAGGACCCAUCCCAGCAGCUUGUGGAAAAGGUGGCAGGCCCCUACAAGUACGCAGGGUUGGUGGCGUUGUCGGACUCGCUCUUCCUCACCCGUUUGGCACGGAACUUGCGGUUGCCUGUGGACCAUCUCGACCCUAUACACUACUUCUCAGUGUCGUUGGACCAUGUGAUUUACUUCCACGACGACAACUUCGACGCCACCCAAUGGUUGGGGUUCUCGUUCCGGGCACUUCGGUUGGUCAACAAACGGGUGGUGCUUGAGGCCGAGAUCUACGACGUCAAUGGCGUGCAUGUGGCCACCGUGAUCCAAGAGGGGUUGAUCCACCUCAACGGUCUUGAGGAGACGGCGAAGUUGUGA